GACUAUAGCUGUACUAUUAUUGUUCUAGGGUUGUACUUACGACUUACCACAUUUAAUACAUAACAAAUUGUCARAUUAUAGACAAAAAAGACUAAAGUAAUCAAGUAAUCGCCAAUCACUAUUCACUAAUCAGUAAUCAGACAAUCAGUGCUCAUCAGUGGUCACCAGUUCACCACUCGGCAGUCGGCACUCACCAUUUAAUCGUCUGAUCCAAUUCUACUAUGCAUCUUCGCUUAACUUGGUAGUUCCAUUUAAAAACUGUUUGUCUAAAAAUACUUAAAUUGUAUUUUAAUAACAAUCAAAUAUAUUAUAGUUGUGAAUGGUAAUGUCUUUUCCAGCCCAAAACGCUAGAGGUAUUCAGAAUCGAAAGAUACUUGAAGACUUGGAACUGAAGAAACAGAUAUUAUUAAAAACCGGUGCUGUUCCAACUCCUCCAACAGUUUCUCAUCCUACAACCCCGGGAACAUCUGAUAGUCAUUUUCAACGUGCUCAAGCCUUGCAAUCUGCGGGUUUCUUCAUCACUACUGAUUCAGCUUUUGGUAAUUCUAUACUACCUGUCCUGCCACGCAUUGAAAAAUAAUACUCGACCGCCAUGGCAACUAUGA